AUGGAUCCAUGUUCUGUUGGAAAUCAACUGCAAGCUAGCAAAGAUUGCUAUAAAACAUUCUUUUCCUGUCACAUCACCUUCAAGACUAAUCAACAAUUAUCAACUGAUCUGUUGCUACUUCAGUUUAGGAGUGGAAUAACUCUUUUACAGAAUCAUACUAUCUAUUUUCAUCAUGCUUAAGUUUAACUUGAUAGGUAUGAAGACUUGCAGAAGUUAUGUUGUGAUCCUUUUAUUAUGCACAAAAAACUUCCAAGGAAAAUUUUGCAUGCUAUUGGCAUAGAUGAUGUGGCUUUUCUAAGUGCCAAGUUUGGACGGCAGUUUGGACCUGGCUGGAAACUUUGUCCAAAAUGCACACCGAUAAUUAGUGGAGAUGCUGAGGCUGAUUUUGAUGACCGUCAGUGAAGGAGGCUUGAUUCAGAUAUAUGCAUAUUGUCUAUAUCUGUUCAGGGGCGUACAGCUAAGACCUUGAAGUCCUUACAGUUUGCUCAUCCGGGACGACAUACUGAAUUUGCUCCAGAAGCAAACAAAAGGGAGAAAAGAAGGCUACAAACAAAAAGUACAUCCAUUAAUUCAGACAGGCAACUAAUACCAGCAAAGAGCAAAGUAUACGAUAGCCAAGGACUUCUGCUUUAUAGUGGGAUUGAUCUCUGUGACUGUCUUGAUGAAGAUUGCCUUGGAUGUUUCUAUGCUUGCCCCAAAUGUCGCUCCAACAAAUGUGGCCCUGAAUGUCGCUGUGACCGCAAGUGGCUGUAUGAGCAAAUUGAGAUAGAAGGGGGAGAAAUAAUUCGCAAUAAGCAUGUGGGAUAGCCUACGUGCCGUAUUC